AUGGAAAAUCACAUAGUUUUGGUGUAUUACUUUAAUUUAUUAAUUGUAAUAGUAAUAUAUAUUUUCUUUCAUGGCAAUAAUCAUUGUUAUAGCAUAAAGAGGUUUAAACUCAAAUUAAUUCACACGAAUAUAAAAUUAAUAAGAAAUUUAGCUGAUUUUUUCAUGUUAAAGAUAAGUAUUUUAAAUGGUUUAGGUCUCUCAAUAAGGGAUGUACAAUUAUUGUAUAACAUGAAUGCAAAUAGAAGUAAAAAUACAACUGAAGUCUAUUUUGAAGAUUCAAGAACUUUAUUUGUAAAAUUAAUUGAUAUAUUAUUUUUAAGAAAUUAUAAAGAAUGCUUAAAGAAAGAAAAAUUGCACCUUAAUUCUAUAAAUAACGUAAUGGAAAUUACAUACCAUCAAUUGUUAAGUUUUUUCCAGAUUUCACUUGAUGGUGUAAAAAAACAUUUAAAUGUGAUAUUUUAGGAUAUAUAUUCUUCUGAUGAAUAUGAAUUAAAUGUAUUUAAUAGUGUAAAUGUUCCCUUGUUUAAUCAUUUGGAUGAUACAUAUUUAUUUAUUAACAAUCAAUACGCACAAGAAUAUUUAGAGAAAUUAAAUUUUAACAAAGAUUUCCCAUUAACAUUAUAAUAAUCCAUUGACUAUUUUGAUCAAUUAAAUAAAAAUAAUAAAGAAUUUUAUUCUAAAUUAAAUAUGAAUGUUUUCAAUUAUCUUAGGUAUACUAUUAGGUAUUUAGACAUACAUGUAAAUAGGUUUCCUAUGAAAUAUUCCUAUGCAAGAGAUAACGUUCCCAUUAAUUCUUACAGAAAUAUAAUGAAAGAACUUUUGAAAGAAUUUACUAAUUCCAUAUUAAGCUAUAACCAAAAAAAAGGAGUUAAUACAAAUAAUCCCCUUAAAUUAAAUGUUGAGUAUAUUAACGAACUUACUGAUAGAAGGCGUAGAACGUUCGAUGAAACUAUAAAAUUAAAAACUCACAUUUUAUUUGUAAAACUAAAUAAAAUAUUAAAUGUCAACAUAAAAUGUUUAAUAUCCUUUAUUGAAUACAUUCUUGAAGUAGAUAAUUCUCGUAAUAAGUUUACAUUAGAAAAAAUUGAAAAAUAUCACGGAGAAGAAAUAUUUAAGGAUAAUUUUUUCAUUAAUGUAUAUGAAUUAUAUUUACAAUAGAAAAAUUAUAUAAAAAAAUCCAUAGCUGAAUUUAACACACAUGUUGAAGCUAUUUUUGGUUUUGAUGUAAAUAGUUUAGGUAUUAGAUCAUUAGUAAAGAAGCUUUAUGGAUCAAUUGAUAGAAAUGAAAUUAAUGAAAUAUUUGGUGUUAUUGUAUUCUCAUUAAUGUAUAAGAAACAAAUAAGUAAAUUUUUAGAUUUUAUUAAAUAACUUAAAAAUGAAUCGGAAAGCAGGUUUGGUAUAAGAAAAAUUUUACAUCUCUAUGAAAGACCAAAUGAAAAUAUUUUGUUUAUUCCAGAAAAUAAAUCCACUAAUUUAUUAUUUAAAUUUUUGAAAUUUAUGAAAGAAAUAAUUUUAUUAAUAAACUUGUACAUAGUAAUGAAAACAUAUUAUCAUUAG